GCGCCUCGGUGUGAGAGGUCGAAGGGCAGGGCGCCGCCCCGGAAGCGAAAGCCGGAGCCGGCCUGCCUUCCCUUCCCUGCCGGCCUGCGGCGGGCGCACGUGCGGCCCGGGAGGAGCUUUUGUGCGAUCUGCGCGUCCCCCUCGGUCGCUGCAUCGCCAUGAGCCUGCCGCUGAACCCUAAGCCCUUCCUGAACGGGCUGACGGGGAAGCCGGUGAUGGUGAAGUUGAAGUGGGGGAUGGAGUACAAGGGCUACCUCGUCUCCGUCGACGGUUACAUGAACAUGCAGCUUGCAAACACAGAAGAGUAUAUAGAUGGUGCGCUGUCUGGACACCUUGGUGAAGUUUUGAUAAGGUGCAAUAAUGUUUUGUACAUCAGAGGUGUGGAAGAAGAGGAAGAAGAUGGAGAAAUGAGAGAAUAGGUGUUUUGUAUAUCUGGAAAUAAACAUUUUUUUUCUUUUUUUAUUUUCCACAACUUUGUAAUUAAGUGCUUACUUCUUGUUCUACAUAUUUUAAUAUGGGGAAAGCUAACAUUUAAAUCAUUUCUAAUAUUUUAAUGGCAUCUGAAAAACUAAUGUGGGAGGAAGGGGAAAUUAUUGCAAUUUAAAACUGGAAAAACUAGCAUAUAAUGGAAGAUAAAGAACUCCCCAUCUUG